AUGGCUGGGGAGUUCGAGUUUCUCUUUCAGCUGGAACAUGCUUUGAAGGGCUGGAGCACUCCUUUGCUAGUGCACUUUCAGCACACCCGCUUUUGCGAUGUUGGUAAGUUGCAACAGCAAGUGCUGAGGGGUGCUUGCAGUGUCCAGGGAACUGGCUGUAUUAUGUCUGAUAUCAACGACCGCCUGAUUCCAGAAGCACGUCAGUUUUUGGAUGCCCACAUGCCAAAGACGGAUGCAAGCUUGGAGGACCAGGGGCAGGCCUAUGCAGACAUGCUGCAUUGGUUGAUUCAGAACAGGGGCGUGGUGUUUGAGACAGGUUCCCACUGUGUGGUCCACAACAAAGUUUGUCCUUUGUUCCCGCCGUUGCAGGCUCAGGAACGUGAGAGCAAGCGCCUCAAGCUGGAUGACGGUUUGAGAAUCAAUUUUGCAGGGACAACGUGCAAAGGCUGGUCCAAAGCCGGCAAACAGAAGUUCUUCGCAGACCCCUCGGAGCGCCCCCACAGCAUUUGGGUCACAGAGCGGCUGCGACAGGCCGAGCUUGAGCAGGAAGAUUUGUUUUUCUCAGAGUGUACGACUGCCUACCCGACUGAGGUCAAGCUGGCUGAGCCAUUGGCCGAGACCCACGACGUGAUCUCUGUGACGGUCAGCCCCAUGGAUAUAGGCUGGCCUGUACGGCGUUCCAGAAAGCUGAGCUGUGGGCUCAACCGAGCCACUUGUGCGUGGCUGGGGCCCUCGCCAGAGUUGGUUCAGCCACAUUUCAUGAGUUUUUUCAUGACUUCCGUGCGUGCAACCGCUGAUACAUUCCUAGUCGCCAAAGAGGAAGAUGUGUAUGAGGAGCAAUGCCGACUUGCUGAGCUCCGCGGACGGUACUUAGUGGAAUUUUCAAGCUCCUCGCGAAAGUUGGCCGCUCGCCACUCUGUGUAUGCUCCAGGACAGCUUCUGCGUUGGCAAGAGUACGAGAACUACCGGCAGGACAUGGACGGGGGUAAUAGUUUCUUCGCUGACCUAGAACAGAAUUUUAAGGUGGGAGCAUCGACACCAGGUGCUUGGAUUCCCUCGCUCCUCACACACGGCACUAUCCACAGCUGGCAAGCAGACCGACUCGUCCUCCCAAGUGAGCUGUUCCUGGCUCAUGGGUACAACUUUUUCCCUGCAGCUACUCAGUGUGCUGAAGCGUGCAGACUGAAGGAGACAUUGUCCUCUCUGAGCAGCAAGGACCUCAAAGUGUUGCUCGGAAACGGCUGGCACAUGCCAGUGCUUGCAUCCUGGUUCAUGUAUGUGUGCUCACACACGGUGAAGCUGAACCGCAGUAUGACUCUGCAACCGGAGCGCAGCCUGCUUCGGAAGGGCGGUUCACAGCUGCUGACUGGAAGCAUGGAGGACCUUGAUGAGCUGGAUGAAGGGGACAUGUUUACAUCGCUCGGCAAGGCAGCCGACAAGCCAGACCAGGAGCCAGCAGGUGAAGCUCCUGCCAAGAGGCGCAAGCGUGGCGUCAAAGAGGAGGACGAGGCCAAGCUUUGUUUUGCAGCAAGAUGCCCGCACCAGGCGCUGGUUGGAAAGCGUCGGUGCAUCUCUUGCAACAAGAAGUAUGACAACGCAAUGUACCAGGCCAGGAAAGAUGGGGAAACGGAAGCUGCGAACGAAGCUUUCAACGAUCCUGAGUCUGCCGCCAGCUACUUUGAGCAGUGGGAGAUUGACAACCCAUCGGAUAGACGGUACCAGCGCAAAAAGCUGAUCAAUUGGGCACAGUUCAAGCGAAAGUAUUGUGUCAAGAAGGUCAAGCGUGAGAGGCACGGGACCAGACCGUACGAGUUCACCCAAUGGUUGAAGUAUGGUGGCAACAUCAUGGGAUGGACAGAGAAGCAAACGAAAGCGGAGUGGGAGCGACAUCGAAGCAACGGUGUCGAGGAGGACCGCUUGGGCAUCAAUGGAACUCUUCGAUUGUGGCUCCCGACAAUCGAAGAGAAGCAUCGUGAUAAUGAGCGCAGCAUCGAGAAUGAGUUGGAGCAGGGUGGGGCCAUGGAGAAAAACAUGACCGAUGAGCACAAGGAGGUCCUGCUGAAGCAUUGCCACGUGAGCACGGAGCUGGACAGCAGCAACAAGUUCUUCCAGACCCCGCACGAGUACGCAGACCCGCCGGUCACACCGCGGAAGCCGAGGAACAGUGCAGCGGAGGCUUCAUCGUCGCCAGCUGGGGAGGAGCCGCAGCUCACACCAGAGAAGCCAGAGCCCACUAUCAAAAACAAGAAGGACAAAGAUGCUGAUGAGGAGGAGAAGAAGAGGAAGAGACGUGCGCAACGCCUCGGAAACGGGGCCAGCUUUGCUGCACAUCGUGCGCAGACGGUGAGCAAGCAGAGGGAGAAGCUGGCGAGCUUGACGAAGGGCAUGUCAACGGUUCUUGCAAAGCUCCAGGGGGCCACUCAGAGCUUGAAGAAUGCGCAAGAUGAAAGUACAUCCCUGUAUGGUCCAGCAGCUGAAUGCGGGCUGACUUGUGUUGAGGCGUGGCAGAAGGAGGUGUCGUUGCCAGCCGCCAUCAACGGACAGGGAGAGCCUGACGAGUUGAAGACGGCCGAGGAGAAGUUCCAAUCUUCCUUGUCAUCCGGUGAUGUGAAGCUUGCUAAGUCGGGCGAGAAUUUGCAUUGCAAUGCCACUUUGGCGUGGCAUGUGAUGCAGAUGACCGAGAUUGACGAGCUUGAUGCCCUCGACCAGGCCGUCAAGUCCAUGAAGGAUCAGCAUAACGAGGUGGAGGUUCUCAUGAAGGGGCUCUCAAAGAUUUGCGCCGACGUCGCAUCUUUCAUGUCUCAGAAAAAAAGGAAGGAGGUUCGCGAUGCUGAGCAGAAGAAGAAAAAGGCUGAGCAGGAGGCCCUCACCCAAGUGAAGAUGCAAGCGAAGCAGCACGCCGAGGCCAUCAAGAGCGGCCAGGCGGGAGGCCAUGCAAUCUUCAGCAUUCCCGAGGACAAGCUUAGCAAAAUGAGCCAGCGGAAGGGUGACGACAACUUCGAUGCCAAGGCCCUGAAGAACAUCGAUGAGCCUUGGAUUUGCAAAGCCAGCUCAGCUGCCAGUACGUGGCGCAACAGUGCCACGGUGGCUGUGAAGUUGUCGGAGUUCGCAGGCAACUACAAGAAGGCGCAGUCGUUCAAGGACAACGGCCGCGCACAGGCAAUCAUGCUGCCUAAACAGGGCAAGGAGGAGACUGAGGGCUUCCUUGACAACUUCUUCUCGCCGCCGGGGGUGGAUGUUUCAUCCGUUCAUGGUGCAACCGAUGCCGUCAAGAACAUAUGGUACUGGGGGUACGAUCCAAAACUGUGCGGCGCUUGGCUCGCCCCCAAUGCCUGUGCCUUGCUGAAGGUGCUGGUGAUGGGAGAGUUGACACUCCUGGCAGCGAACCUUGCCGACCUUGUCGAGGCCCUGCACUCCUCCAAGCCGAUUGAAGAGAUCACAAGUGACAUGGUUACCAGCUUCUUCCUUUCCUUGACGGACAAGGCGCCCCUGUUCCCAAAGAUCAAAAUCUUUCAGACAACAAUGCAGGCUGAUGAUGUUGUUUAUGUGCCGACUGGAUGGCUCAUCGCGGAGCGAAGCUCAUCCACUGUCAAAGUGUACGGAGUUAGGAAGUCUCUGUUUGUGCAGAGCACAAAUGCAAGGGUCAGUUUUGCAGCAGCGGUAGAUUUGUUGAGCAGAUCCAAUCGCGAUUCUUCAAAGAUGGCUGCCAUCUUGAAGUGUUAUCCAGAAGAUGCCGUGAAGGAUGAGCAGAAAGCUCCCGAGCCUCCGAAGCCGUCAGCGGCAGCGGAGGGUGUUGUCGCUGCCGUCGGCCCUACUGUGUGA